GAAGCGCGCGUUUUUCUCUGGCUGGGUGUUCGCGGAGAAGGCCGGGUCGCCAGCUGCUGUGAGGAAUUGGCGCUCGGCAUUGCUGCCGCUGAGAGGCGAACGCCGGGUUCCCCGAAAGCGUCCAGCCAUGCCAGCGGAGCGGCCCGCGAGCAGUGGCGGGUCCCUGGAUCCAGAAAUGGUGGACCAAGAGGAGACCGCCGUGAUCACCGCAGCCAUGCUGGAGGAGGAGGAGCAGCUCGAGGCUGCGGGACUGGAGAGGGAGCGGAAGAUGCUGGAGAAGGCUCGCAUGUCUUGGGACAGAGAGUCCACAGAAAUUCGGUACCGUAGACUUCAACAUUUGCUUGAAAAAAGUAAUAUCUACUCCAAAUUCUUGUUGACUAAAAUGGAGCAACAGCAGUUAGAGGAACAGAAGAAGAAAGAGAAAUUGGAGAGAAAAAAGGAAUCUUUAAAAGUUACAAAGGGUAAAAAUUCAGUUGGUGGAAGCGGAGAGAAUUCAGCCAUGAAAAAGAAAAGAGGAAGAGAAGAUGAAUCAUAUAAUAUUUCAGAGGUCAUGUCAAAAGAGGAAAUUCUGUCUGUGGCUAAAAAAAAUAAAAAGGAGAAUGAGGAUCAGAGUUCUUCCUCUGCUAAUCUCUGUGUAGAAGAUCUUCAGAAAAAUAAAGAUUCAAAUAGUAUAAUUAAAGAUAGAUUGUCUCAAACUGUUAGGCAGAAUGCUAAAUUCUUUUUUGACCCAGUUCGGAAGUGUAAUGGACAGCCAGUACCCUUUCAACAACCAAAGUACUUCACAGGAGGAGUGAUGCGAUGGUACCAAGUAGAAGGCAUGGAAUGGCUUAGGAUGCUUUGGGAAAAUGGAAUUAAUGGCAUUUUAGCAGAUGAAAUGGGAUUAGGCAAGACCGUUCAGUGCAUUGCUACAAUUGCAUUGAUGAUUCAGAGAGGAGUACCUGGACCUUUUCUUGUUUGUGGCCCUUUGUCUACACUUCCUAACUGGAUGGCUGAAUUCAAAAGGUUUACACCAGAAAUUCCGACCAUGUUAUAUCAUGGAACCCAGGAAGAACGUCGAAAAUUGGUAAGGAAUAUUCACAAAAGGAAAGGAACGCUGCAGAUUCACCCUGUGGUAAUUACAUCAUUUGAAAUAGCCAUGAGAGACCGAAAUGCAUUACAGCAUUGUUAUUGGAAAUACUUAAUAGUAGAUGAAGGACACAGGAUUAAGAAUAUGAAAUGCCGUCUGAUCAGGGAAUUAAAACGGUUCAAUGCUGAUAACAAACUUCUUUUGACUGGUACUCCCUUACAGAACAAUUUAUCAGAACUUUGGUCAUUGCUAAACUUUUUGUUGCCAGAUGUAUUUGAUGACUUGAAAAGCUUUGAGUCUUGGUUUGACAUUACUAGUCUUUCUGAAACUGCUGAAGACAUUAUAGCCAAAGAAAGAGAACAGAAUGUAUUGCAUAUGCUGCACCAGAUUCUCACACCUUUCUUACUGAGAAGACUAAAAUCUGAUGUUGCUCUUGAAGUUCCUCCUAAACGAGAAGUAAUUGUGUAUGCACCACUUUCAAAGAAACAAGAAGUCUUUUACACAGCAAUUGUGAAUCGUACAAUUGCAAAUAUGUUUGGAACCAGUGAGAAAGAAACAGUUGAGCUAAGUCCUACUGGACGACCAAAACGGCGAACUAGAAAAUCAAUAAAUUACAGCAAAAUAGAUAAUUUUCCUAAUGAAUUGGAAAAAUUGAUCAGUCAAAUACAGCCAGAGGUGGACAGAGAAAGAACUGUGGUGGAAAUGAAUAGCCCUAUAGAAUCUGAAGUUAAUCUGAAGCUGCAGAAUAUAAUGAUGCUACUUCGUAAAUGCUGUAAUCAUCCAUAUCUGAUUGAAUAUCCUAUAGACCCUGUUACACAAGAGUUUAAGAUUGAUGAAGAAUUGGUAACAAAUUCUGGGAAAUUCUUAAUUUUGGAUCGAAUGCUGCCAGAACUAAAAAAAAGAGGUCACAAGGUGCUGCUUUUUUCACAAAUGACAAGAAUGUUGGACAUUUUGAUGGAUUACUGCCAGCUUAGAAAUUUCAACUUCAGCAGGCUUGAUGGGUCCAUGUCUUAUUCUGAGAGAGAGGAAAUGCUACCUACCACACUCUACCACAUGCACAAUUUCAACACAGAUCGAGAUGUGUUUAUCUUCUUAGUGAGUACACGAGCUGGUGGUCUGGGCAUUAAUUUGACUGCAGCAGAUACGGUUAUCAUUUAUGAUAGUGAUUGGAACCCCCAGUCUGAUCUUCAGGCCCAGGAUCGAUGUCAUAGAAUUGGUCAGACAAAGCCAGUUGUUGUAUAUCGACUUGUUACAGCAAAUACUAUUGAUCAGAAAAUUGUGGAAAGAGCAGCUGCUAAAAGAAAACUGGAAAAGUUGAUCAUUCACAAAAAUCACUUCAAAGGGGGUCAAUCUGGAUUAAAUCAAUCUAAGAAUUUCUUAGAUCCUAAGGAAUUAAAGGAGUUAUUAAAAUCUAGAGAUUAUGAAAGGGAAGUCAAAGGAUCAAGAGAAAAGAUCAUUAGUGAUAAAGAUCUUGAGUUGUUGUUAGAUCGAAGUGAUCUCAUUGAUCAAAUGAAGGCCUCAGGACCAAUUAAAGAGAAGACAGGGAUAUUCAAGAUACUAGAAAAUUCUGAAGAUUCCAGUCCUGAAUGUUUGUUUCAAAUUGAAGCUAAAGAAUGACUUAAAAGUUUUGUUUACAUCUAGUUAAUUUACUUAUUGGUUUGGAAAUUCAAAUCGUCUACUAUUUUUUUUCAUUAUAUCAUUUUACAUAAUGUAACUAGCACCAUUGCAUACUUAAUAGAUUAUAAUUUUCUGAGCCUUUCUAAGAAGGAAAUACAUAUUAAGUUUAUAUUUUCAGUUAAUAUUUGAGACUGGGUAGUAUUCUUGAGUAUGAUCUGAUGUGUACUUAACCAUUGCCAGAUUUAUACAGUCUUCCUGUGGAAGUUUAGUAGACAUCUCCCCCAAACCCUUCUUUUUGCAAUGGUUCCUAGGUUUUGGGUACUUCAGUUAUGGAGUAGGCUUUGAUUGGGGGAAAUGGGAUUAUGCUUUCUAUUGUUGAAGUAACAAAUUGUUUGAUUUUAGAGUCUAUAAGAUAGUUUGUCAAAUAAAUGUUCAUUAUAAGAUGAUCUCAUUAAAUUAUUUUGUCAGGAAAGUAAUAGUUUAGGUGAAAUAAUAGCAAAAGACAACUUGUAUUGGGAUUCAACAUUAUUGUGCUUAUUUAGUUUUAUUCACUGGUACUAUAAGAAUAUAUGGUAUAAAGGUUUUGAUUCAAAAUUGAGUUAACACAGAAAAGGUUCUGGAAGAAACUGUAGUAGGGUCUUGAUAUAAGACCAGAAAUUGGAAAUAGUAUAUUAUGCAGAACAAGAGAGAUGCCAAGAGCUUACAGGAGGGAUGGUAGAUUCAACCAGAGAGAAGGAAGCCAGAUCCUGGAAUAUAACCCAAAAUCCAUAAUGAGGAGCAUAAAGGCCAAAAAGAGAAGAAUUUAGACCUUAUGUGAAAGAAUAUCACAACAUGAAGAAAUUUUGAAUGUACUCUUGGAGAAAGGAAAUGCUCCUUGAUCCAUAGGUUUCUAUACCAGUUGUUUAAAUUUCAGGGAGAAUGCUUCAGGUUCCUGGAACUAAGGCUCAGGAAUAAAACUGUCUUAAGAGAACAUUUGAGCAAGGUUUUUCUUCUUUUUUUUAAUAAAUGGAAGUAUUUGCCAGUCAGAAAAGCAGACUAACUAGUGUUGCUUGAAAUUCACCAUCCAUGACUUCAGUGAUUUGAUCAUUCAUUGUACUAGAUUUUGACAACCUGUUCUCCUAAAUGACUGUUUUAUAGUUUCAUCUCUGCCAUAUCUGAUAUUUUCUCCCUCUCACCUUACCCCCUGUUGCACUGAGAAUAGGAACAGUCAGAAAGAACUUUAUCACUCCAUCUGUGAUAAAAAGGAUAAACCUUUUUUCUUUUUCCUGUCAAUAUGUUGUCCUAGCCUAGAGCCAACUGAAAAGACCUUUUUCUUUCCUUUUACAGCAAAAUACUUUUAAAAAUUAUCUAUAUUCAUUGUUUUCCAUUUGCCUCUACCACCCCCAUCACCCCAUUUUGUUUGGAUUUUCAUCCCUACCAUGCCAUUGGAAUUGAUUUUAGUGUUCCAGCCACCUCUGUAAACUCAUUUUAUUUUUAUUUUUUUGGUAUUAGGGAUUUAACCCCAGGGCCCUUUACCACUGAGCUAUAUCCUCAGCCCUUUUUUAUUUUUAUUUUGAAACAGUCUUACUAAAUUGCUGAGGCUGUUUUUGAACUUGGGAUCCUCUUGCCUCUGCUUCCAGAACUGCUGGGAUUAACAGGCUUGCACCACUGGCUCAAAACUGAAAAUUCUUGACAUAUAUCCAGUUUCUAUGAAUUUGCUUUAUCCUCUAUCUGUGCACCUACUUUGUUUCUCCAUCUUUCUUUGAUUCCUCUUAGUGCUAGUACUACAGUACAAGAGAGAAGUGGUGCUAGAACAUCAUACUACUUGGCACAAGAUAAGUUAAUUUUGUGGGAGAUGAGAAUGUUCAGGUCUGAGCAAACAGGACAUGUGCCAGCAAUCCCGACAGUUGUAAAAAUCACUGGUAAAUUCAUUGUACUUCACACCCUUACUCGUGUUCCUCAUUCAGAUACUUGCAUGAUUUGUUUCUUGCCAUCCAGGUCACAGCUCACAUUUCACAACAAGAUAAAAUUUCCUGGUCUCCUCCUCUAUAUCAUGAAGGAUACUACUCUUGCCAAUCUAGGUCUGCCUCCGUAAUGACAAGAUUGUGCUUUUUUUUCUGUCUUGGUACCUUUAUGUAAGAGAACAUGUUGAAAACAAAGCAGAAUUAGUUGUGAAGAAGUCAAGUGAAUACACCAGAUCAAAAAAAAAAAAAAAACAACUCCCUUUUCCUAAAA